AUGGCCGAAAACAACGACUCUGGCGACACAUACGGUAAAGAUAGCAGAAGAAAUGAUGAUUCUACAAAGCAUGAAUGUAUCCACACAGAAGAAAACUCUUACAGUUGCAGAGUAUGUCACAAAGUUUUUACUGUUAGAAACCACUCAUCAGUGCACGCAUGUAUUUCUACUGUUAAUAAGCAUCACUACAAGUGCAAAUUUUGUUCCACUAGUUUUUCUCAAAAAUUCGAUUUAACGUGGCAUGAGCAGACUCACGCAGGUGACAAGCCGUACAGCUGCAAGCAAUGUUUAAAAAGUUUUAGUCGGAAAUUCAGUCUCAAAGUGCACGAGCAGACUCAUUCGGGUGAGAAGCCCUACAGCUGCAAACACUGUUCACAAAGUUUUGCUGAUAAAUCCAAUCUCACAAAACACGAGCGGACUCAUACAGGUGAUAGGCCCUACAAUUGCAAACACUGUUCAAAAAGUUUUGCUGAUAAAUCCAAUCUCACAAAACACGAGCGGACUCAUACAGGUGAGAAGCCCUACAGUUGUGAACACUGUUUGAAAAGUUAUACUAAAAAAAAAUAUCUUACCACGCACGAGCGGACUCAUUCAGGUGAUAUGACCUACAGCUGCAAAUACUGUUUACAAAGUUUUAGUCGGGAAUUCAGUCUCAAAGUGCACGAGCAGACUCAUUCGGGUGAGAAGCCCUACAGCUGCAAACAAUGUUCAAAAAGUUUUGCUGAUAAAUCCACUCUCACAAAACACGAGCGGACUCAUACAGGUGAUAUGCCCUACAGCUGUAAACACUGUUUACAAAGUUUUAGUCGGAAAUUCAGUCUUAAAGUGCACGAGCAGACUCAUUCAGGUGAGAAGCCCUACAGCUGCAAACAAUGUUCAAAAAGUUUUACUCAAAAAUCAAAUCUCACUACGCAUAAGCGGACUCAUUCGGGUGAGAAGCCCUACAGCUGCAAAUACUGUUUACAAAGUUUUAGUCGGAAAUUCAGUCUCAAAGUGCACGAGCAGACUCAUUCGGGUGAGAAGCCCUACAGCUGCAAACAAUGUUCAAAAAGUUUUACUCAAAAAUCAAAUCUCACUACGCAUAAGCGGACUCAUUCGGGUGAGAAGCCCUACAGCUGCAAAUACUGUUUACAAAGUUUUAGUCGGAAAUUCAGUCUCAAAGUGCACGAGCAGACUCAUUCGGGUGAGAAGCCCUACAGCUGCAAACAAUGUUCAAAAAGUUUUACUCAAAAAUCAAAUCUUACUACGCAUGAGCGGACUCAUUCGGGUGAGAAGCCCUACAGCUGCAAACACUGUUCAAAAAGUUUUGCUGAUAAAUCCACUCUCACAAAACACGAGCGGACUCAUACAGGUGAUAGGCCCUACAGCUGUAAACACUGUUUACAAAGUUUUAGUCGGAAAUUCAGUCUCAAAGUGCACGAGCAGACUCACUCUAGUGAUAAGCCCUUCAGCUGCAAACACUGUUCAAAAAGUUUUGCUGAUAAAUCCAAUCUCACAAAACACGAGCGGACUCAUACAGGUGAGAAGCCCUACAGUUGUGAACACUGUUUGAAAAGUUAUACUAAAAAAAAAUAUCUUACCACGCACGAGCGGACUCAUUCAGGUGAUAUGACCUACAGCUGCAAACACUGUUCAAAAAGUUUUUCUGAUAAAUCUAAUCUCACCGUGCACGAGCAGAGUUAUAAAGGUAGUAGUUCAUACGAAUGCAAAUUGUGUUUGACCAGUUUUGAUCAAAAAUUGGAUUUAGCAAGGCACAAGCCGAUCUACUACCGCAAAGUGUGUUUAAAAAAAUCCACUAAUAAAUCAAAUCCUAAAAUACACGAAUGGACUUGCACUGGUGAUCAAUCCUUUGGCUCUAAACUAUGUAGUUCAAAAGAAUUUAGUCAGGCAUUGUGUCAUACAUGGCACGAGCCGACUUACACGAAUGAUUCGCUGAGCGUAAUAAAAAAAAAACACUGUUUACAAAGUUUUAGUCGGAAAUUCAGUCUCAAAGUGCACGAGCAGACUCAUUCGGGUGAGAAGCCCUACAGCUGCAAACAAUGUUCAAAAAGUUUUACUCAAAAAUCAACUCUUACUACGCAUGAGCGGNAAAAAAAAAAAAAAAAAAAGAAUUGA